AUAUACAAUAAUUUAAUAUCUUCAAUACUUACAAAUUUAUUUGCAAUACAGGACUUUUCAAUUUAAAAUAACUGUGUUUUUUAGAUUUAUGAAUAUCACAAGAGAUUUAACAAUUAUAACUAAUAUAAUUGAUUUUUUUUUAAAUUUUAUGAAUAUUAUUAAUUGAAACAUUAAUUUAUUACUUACUAUUUAAUUAUAUAUUUCAUGUUGUAAUGUCAGAAUCUAAAGAAAAUGUACGUAAGCCUCGGUAUGCAGGAGGUCCUCACGGGUUGGGAGAUCCAGAUGAUUAUAAAUUACGAAAAAUCGAACAAAAUGUGGUAAUUCCUAAAAUUGUACGAGAAAGAGCUAAAUAUGAAAAAUGUGUUGAAGAAAAUAAAGCUUUUGGAGAUUGUUGUUUGGAUACUGGAUUUUUUAUGUUUUAUAAAUGCAGACAAGAAGUGAAAUUAUUAAAUACUUGUAUGGAAAAAUGGUUUAUAAAUGAGGAUUUCAUAAAGGAAUGUCGAAAUCAAUACUUAGAAGAACGAAGACAAUAUAGAUUAACUGGAUUAAAAAAAAAUUCUGACGGAAUUAGAAUGAAAAGUUGAAAUGAUAAAGUAAUCAUAGACUAUAAAAUUAAACCAAUGUAGUCAUAAAAUUAGUAUAUUGUGAAGUUUAUUCA